CAGGCGCACGCAGGCAGUGGAGGAGCGGGCGAGAGUCCCGCAAGGCUCUAUUGUUGGCGCGCGGGCGCUUGCUGGGGCUUCGAGCGGACCGAACCAGCAACAGCAACACUCUGGGGUUACCAGAACCAGUUAAGAAGCCCCCUAACUUCGCCUGCCCGGAAGAAAGACCUCAGCCGCUUUGCAUUUGGGGGCUGCCUCGUGUUUUUGUUUGGAGUUCUUUUGGGCGUCUCUCUCCUGAAGCCGUUGUAAAAGGUAACUCCGUGCGCUCAGAGCGGAGGAAGAAGAGGAAGAGGAAGGAAUCUUGACAGAAGUGUGGUGGCGGCUCUUGUUUGGUCAUGUCUCGACGAAGCCAGCGCAUUGGUGGGACUUUUCGCAGUUAUCAAAGUGAAGAUGAUGGUAGCAGCGGAGGAAGUUCACUGCUCGGUGGACCUCAGCCCCUGUUUAAAGAGAAUUCAAAUAGUCAAACCCUGAAAAGGAAACCAAGCAGCAUGAAACGUCUCUCCCCUGCACCUAGCCUGGGGAUCAGUUCUACUCCCCACACCACCUCCUACUACAGUGAGUCUGUUAUCAGUGAGUCUUAUCUGACUGAUGGCAGAGGACUUUCUCUUAAAACUGGUACUGCCUUGGAUGAUCCACUGGAAAGCAGUUCUUACUGGAGUGAGGAUCUCUCAUUGAGAAGGAAAAGAGGCACUGGGGGCAUAGAAUCCAGUAAGAAAAUCAAUGGAUUAGGAGAAAGGAAGACAUAUGACACCUAUGCUUCUUCAUCUGGGUAUUCCUCUGAGGAUGACUACACAGGUGGUUCUUCCAUGGACCAGAAUACAUCCAAUUUUGGGCUCAGGAGUGCAUUCUCCAAAGUAGGCUCCUUUCUUUGGCUGGUGCUUACAGCCCCAGGUCGGCUCUUUGGUUUGUUGUACUGGUGGAUUGGGACCAUGUGGUAUCGCCUAACAACUACAGCCUCUCUCCUGGAUGUCUUCAUCUUAACACGGAGCUAUCCAGUGUUGAAGAAGCUAUUGUUGUUCUUGCUUCUGCUUUUGCUCCUGAGUUCUGUUGGUUAUGGUGCCUGGUAUUUUUAUCCCUUUGGGCUCCAACCUUCUAUGUUUUCUUGGGGAAUGAUGAAAUUAUUUCCUUCUGGCACCAAGAAGGACCAUGAAAUGGGAGACUUUGUUGUAUUUUCUGAGGCCCAGCAGCAGGUUUUGUCUCGGCUCCAGGCUCUGGAAAGACGUUUUGAGACCCUGGAAACUGCAGCUUCUGUGCUAGAAUUCCAGAAAAGAAAGAACACAGAAGAUGCCACUCUAUCACAUGAUGAUACUCUGGUGCUUCUGGAUGAGCUGAUGACUCGGCAAGAGGCAGCCAUGAGAGAGAAGUUUCGCUCAGACACAGAUCUUCAUCUCCAGAAUGAGCUGGAUGCUUUCCGAUCCCAGGUGCAAAAGGAUUUUGACAGUUUCCUGAAGAAAGUCUCUCAGGCUUCCGAGCAGGUGGAGACCCGGAUGCUCGAAGUGACAGCUCAGUGGCAAAGCUCCACAAAAGAAAGUCUAAUGAGUAAUUUCCAAAGGGAAAUGGGCAAGAUGGAGACACAUCUAUCAAGUCUGAAGAAGGAACUUAUGGCUUUGAGCUCUGAUCAGAAGGUAUUGUCAAGACAAGUGGAAUCUCUUCCAGGGCAGAUCAAGGAAAUGCGAGAAGAUGUGAGUUUCCCAAUAAGUUUAAUUUCAUUUAUUUAUUUAUCUUAAACAUGUAUGGACCAUUUGUCUUUUCAAAAAACCCUGAAGUGGUGGGGAGGGCGGA